AUGGGAAACACCUCGAGCUCAAACAGACUUCUGGAAGAUUAUCAUCACGAAAAACUCAAGUCUUUGACCUCAAGAAACCAAACACAAAUUCACAGCAACAGUAACAACAGUUCUCGGGUCUCUUUCCUCCGAUCUCCUCUUCCAUGGCUAUUCAUCUUCCUCUUCUUCCUUCCUUUGCUACUCAUCUCCAUCACCGGAGGAGGAGGAAGCGGACGCAAAUCUUGCCGUCCUUCUACCACUUAUCGCCACCUGUCACUUCUCGACCAAACAAACUCUUCCUCUGUUGUUAAAGAUCCCGAGGACGUAGAACAAGACGAUGAUGUCCCUCCACGUGUCCCUUCUCUUUACCCGCGACGACCAAGGAUGUUCAACACGACCCUUGAUCACAUCGUUUUCGGUAUCGCAGCUUCUUCGGUUCUGUGGGAGACGAGGAAAGAGUACAUCAAAUCAUGGUGGCGACCUGGUAAGACACGUGGCGUUGUCUGGAUCGAUAAGAGAGUCCGUACUUACCGCAACGAACCACUUCCCGAAAUCAGAGUCUCACAAGACACCUCACGUUUCAGGUACACGCAUCCGGUUGGGGACAGAUCCGCGGUGAGGAUAUCGCGAGUAGUGACCGAGAUGCUACGGCUAGGGAAAAAAGGAGUACGGUGGUUUGUGAUGGGAGACGACGACACAGUGUUUGUGGUGGACAAUGUGGUUAAUGUUCUGUCAAAGUACGACCAUACUCAGUUCUAUUAUGUUGGUAGCUCCUCGGAAGCACAUGUUCAGAACAUCUUCUUCUCAUACUCGAUGGCAUUUGGAGGCGGUGGCUUUGCGAUUAGCUACGCUCUAGCUCUCGAGCUCUCGAGGAUGCAAGACCGUUGCAUCCAACGGUACCCUGGUCUCUACGGCAGUGACGAUCGCAUCCAAGCUUGUAUGACCGAGCUCGGUGUACCUCUCACCAAAGAACCUGGCUUCCACCAGUAUGAUGUUUAUGGGGACCUGUUGGGGCUGCUAGGUGCACACCCGGUGGCUCCUCUAGUGUCGCUGCACCACAUCGACGUGGUGCAGCCGAUAUUCCCGAAGAUGAAGAGAUCACGUGCGCUCCGCCACCUGAUGUCCUCAGCAGAACUUGAUUCAGCCAGCAUAUUCCAGCAGUCCAUCUGCUACGACCAGAGCCGGUUCUGGUCCAUCUCGGUCUCAUGGGGAUUUUCUGUCCAGAUUAUCCGAGGCAUCAUUUCCCCUCGCGAGCUUGAGAUGCCUUCGAGAACAUUCCUCAACUGGUUCCGCAAGGCCGACUACAUUGGUUACGCGUUUAACACAAGACCGGUCUCGAGGCAUCCGUGCCAGAGACCGUUUGUGUUUUACGUAAACUCGGCUAAGUAUGACAAAGGACGUCGCCAAGUUAUUGGAUACUACAACUUGGACAAGACAAGGAGGAUUCCCAGCUGCCGAUGGCGGCUCGACUCGCCCGGAAAGAUCGAUUCUGUCGUCGUUCUCAAGCGACCUGAUCCCCUCCGAUGGCACAAGGGUAUUGCCAAGUCGGAGAAACACAACGAUGUACAUUCGGGUCGGAAAUUGCGCAGAUGGAGAGAUUAG